UACCGGUUAUUCUCGAAGAAGAACACGAGGACGGAGAGGAACUACACACGCCCAUCUGUCGCUGUGGCCACCACACUGAGCCUAGAGAUCCCGUGACGGCGCCUAUCGUCGAUGGCGUCGUCAACGGCACAGUGGCGGAGAUCAGUCAACUGUACUUCAGCGACGAACCUCAGAACGACGUGUGGGAUAUGUUUAUGAAGCAG